AUGACAUCAGCUACUAAUAAUAAUUCAAGUUCUACUGAACAACAACAAGCAGUAUUAUAUCAAAAAAUAUUUAAGAAAAUCUAUGAAAGUAAAGCUGGUACAAAUAAGAAUUCAUGGGAAUAUUUUUCAUUGGGUUUAACAGUUUAUCAAUGGUUAACAGAGAACGAUCCAGUUUAUACUCAUACAUUGGUUCUUGAAGAUGUUUUGGAUGCAGUUUAUGAAAUAUUCGAUAUUAUCAUAUCAAUUUUAGAAAUGUUAAAGUCCAAUUCAUCAUUACUCGCUCCUAUUGUCUAUUACUCAAAUUCAUUCGUUAAAAGAGCUGGUAUUAAACAUAAUCAAUUAUUUAAUUUACUAUUAACCAGUACAAUUGUAACUUUAAAAUUUUGGUCUGAAUCUGUCCAAAUUAGAAAUAUACUAUUGGCUGAUAUUUUCGAAUUCCCAGUUAAAGAUAUCAAUAUAAUGGAGAAACGUUUCUUGUCUGGUAUUGAUUACAAUUUAAAUAUUUCUCAAAAUGAAAUCUCUGAAUUCUUGGCCAGAUUCGAUAAAUCCUAUCAUGAACGUUUCCAAAAAUUAAAACAUUUUAAAGAACAACAAGCUUUAUUAACUCAAUAUAUUAAACAACAUAAAAAUCAAUACAAUACAAAAAAACAAUUAUCAAAAUCUGCAAAUAAUAUAACAACUACAUCAAUAAUAAUAUCAGCUGAUACUCAAAAUUGUGAAACAUAUUAA